AUGAUGCAACCACGCAUGCUCUCGCGGGACGAGGAGUCCGGUCCCGGCAGUGAGGAGAAUGAGGUCCGCCGUGAGGACCAGGAGAAGAUUAACCGGUUCAGUCGGCUGCAUCAGAGAGAGACUCUGCUGGAGGAGCAGUUGAAGGCGAAACAGAAGGACAAGGAGGACCUCGAAGAAAUCUCUACAGAACUCGAACUCGCCGAUGAAGACGAGCUGGUUCCGUACAAAAUCGGCGACUCCUUCUUUCAACUUCCCCUGGCAGACGCCCAGUCCAUGCUGGAGACCUCUACAGAGCAGAUCGACGCCGACGUGUCGAAGUUGGAGGACUCACUGGGUGAGUUGCGCGAGGAGCUGCAGCAGCUCAAGGUGGCAUUGUAUGCGCGAUUCGGGAGGAGCAUUAACCUUGAGACUUAA